AUGGCCCGCUGGGAAAAGAUCGGCUGUUUUGCCUUGACUGAACCUGGACACGGAAGCGACGCUGGGGGCUUGGAAACCACAGCAAAACGGACUGAAGGUGGCUACAUUUUAAAUGGAAGGAAACGGUGGAUUGGCAAUGCAACUAUUUGUGAUGUGGCGGUUGUGUGGGCGAGAGAUCUAGACACGGGAAAGAUCGAAGGCUUUCUCGUGGAAAAGAGCUUUAGCGGCUUCAAAACUGCUGCAAUAAAAGAGAAAGCAUGCCUCCGGAGUGUAGAGAACGCCGACAUCUGGCUGAGUGAUUGCUUUGUUCCUGAUUCACAUAAAAUGAAGCCUGGCGGAUUUACGGGCAACACCAAACUUGUACUUGAGUCCUCACGGGCCCUGGUUGCAGCUGCUUGCUCGGGACUACUGAUGGGAGCAUACGAUGCAGCUCUGCAGUAUUGUAGUUCAAGACAGCAGUUCGGAAGGCCUUUGACGGGCUUCCAACUCGUGCAGGAAAGGCUUAUGAGAGCCAUAGGGCUCGCUCACGGUUGCGUCGCGUUGUCUAUUAAUAUGGCGAGACGGAUGGACGAGGGUCGGAACUCGAUGGCUCUUGUGGCUCUUGUGAAGGCCACAACAUCUCGACUAGCAAGAGAGGGAACACAGCUCUGUCGAGAGGUGAUGGGUGGAAAUGGUAUACUGCUCGAGAACGGCGCAGCCAAGGCCUUAGCAGAUAUAGAGGCUAUGUACACUUACGAAGGAACGUACGAUAUAAAUAUGCUCAUAGCUGGACGUGCAGCUACCGGCAUAAACCGCCGUGAAGGGCUUCCGUAUUCUUACCUGAAUGCGCUCAGUGGAAGGGACCCUUCCUGCUUUCACCACACGGCGGCAAGAGCUGGCCUCAAAUGCGUGCAAAUUGGGGAGCUAGAGUACAGUUUCGGGGAGGAUUCCGGAGUGAUGUGCUCUGAACACAAUCCUCGUAUUGACGGCAUCCACAGCUUUCUGGAUGGGACGUACGAAUACAGCUUACAUAUGGGCGCCUGCAAUUUGUCGGUUCCUGAGCUCCACAAAGUCAUCUCAAGCCUGCAGAAAUCCUUUCCUGGCAGCUCUUACGACCUCAUACGAAACAACUGCAACCACUUUAGCGACGCCCUUCUCAAGUCCAUUGUCGGCAAAGGAAUUCCUCCUCAUAUUAAUCGCGCGAGCAGAUACGGCCAGUGGCUAGGUUGCCUCCUGCCUCAAAGUAGUGGAAACACCUCAGAGAACAAUCCCAAGACUCUCAGCUCAGCACCAAGCGAACUUUUUACGGGAGUAUUUGGCGGUCAAGGCCACCGGCUAGGUGGGCCGCAGGGUGGCGGCAUAGGGGAGUACGGCAUUGGGAUGGUUAAAAAGCUUAUCUACAUGGCCAAUUGUUUUAAGCAGGAAGCUCCGAGUAUUGACGAUGAGUUCGGAGCCGAAGGUGAGGGCUAA